UUCUUUCAAGUGAUAGCCGGACACUUUCACUCGUUGGACAGACCACGCAGACAUGUCGAAUAACAGCGCCAACAGCAGCAACUUGGUUAUCGCUCAGAAGGUGGUAAAACAACUUCGGCUAGAGGCGAGUGUUCGCAGGAUCAAGGUGUCCCAGGCAGCAACGGACCUGAAGACCUUCUGCCUGCAGAACGCCCAUAAAGACCCUCUCCUCAUAGGGGUGCCCUCCAGCGACAACCCCUUCAGACCCCCCAAGUCCUGCGCCCUCUUCUGAGGCAAUGGUGAUGAUGGAGGCUCGUAAAACACGUCUGAACAUUCCCUAAGGAUGCCUUUCUUCUCCCAGCCCCUCUGCGUCUCCUACACCCUACCCCACCACGUCCAGUCACUGAAGACCUCAAGGCCAGAACACAAUCACAAGCAUUUGACCCUAUGCUGAGUAAGUUUUGACAUAUGUUCUGUUCUGGAUUUCUUCAGCUCAAUAAGGAUAACAUUUGCAGUCUUUUGUGUGUUGAGAUCAUUAGAAUGGCAGCACUCCUUAAAGUAUAAAUAUGGCAGUCUCAACCCAACUCUCCCUGUAGUCUCUACGUUUUUGUUACUUUUCUUUUACUCAAAGUGAAAUUGAACUGUAUUAGGAUUUACACAUUGUUGUUAGCGAGUCUUUUAAAGUGGUUGACCAAGUGCCAUUACAUGAGUAUAGCCUACAGUAUCAUUGUUGUGAAGCUAUAUUCAACACACUGCAAGAUAUUACACCUGAGUUUUAUCUCAGUGCUUGUUUUUCAAAAUGGUGCUCAGUUGGUCGCAAACACAAAUGAAGGUUCCACACAAACUCACCUUAACACUGUCACUGUGAUUUUUGUCAAUGAAAUUGUGAAGCAUUUCGAUGUGUCAUUUAUGAUUCUCUGCUAAGAGUGUGGUGACUCUAUGAGCGUCUCAAGAGAAUUGAGCCAUUUGACUGAAAUGUUACGCGGAUUCUCAUGUGUUAAUCACUCGACUACACUGUUAAGAUCCUCAGUUGACAGUUAAACCACUGUGAUGCAAAAUUGAAUUAAAAAGGAGAUAGUGUUACUAUGUGUUGAAACGAGUGACUUAGAGAGGAUGUUAGAGGUUUAUUGUGAGUGUUGGCAUAUAGAGAUAGGUCGUGCAAAAGAUCUGUUUCAAUGCUGGUUUUGUGGUGUUUCUCAGUCAACAUCAGAAUAAUGACAUGAAGGAUCAUAACAAGAAUAUGAAGGAUUAUGAUUACUGUACUGACACUAUAGAUAAGUAUAAUUGCUGUGUAUCAUCAUUAUAAAUAAGCCUUACCUCAGGACACUCAGUGGAAAGAGCCUGCUACUCCAUUGGUGCAUCUAAGUUAAAGUAAGCACACAUUGUAAAUGCUUGAAAGUCAUUUUUAGGGUUCCCCACCCCACCCCUUUUACAUUUUACUCUACUGCUUCAAACAAAUGUGCCUUAGUAUGUGCCAUACUUCUGUUAAUUUAAAUGCCCCGAUUUUAACACGAGACCUGUUGAGGCCUAAAUCUGCAUUUACUUUCCCACUUGAUUAAUCAGAAACACUUAAAGAG